GUACAUGUGUCACGCAUGGUUCAUUAAUCAGCAACCGCACAAUAGCUUUCCUUCUCGUCUCGCUGUCUGCUUUUCGUCAACGUCAAUUUCCUUUUCCUCUGAAGCCCAGGUUUUCUUCCCUUCAUCAAUCUAUCCAUCCAUCAAUACAAAGCUCAUUAAAGCUUACAAUUUAAGGGGCAAUGGCAACGCCAUCGGGGUCAUGGAUGCAAGAAUUCAAUGAAGCAUCAAAACUUGGUGAUGAAAUUAAUGGUAUGAUUAAUGGGAAGAAUUCUUUGCCUCCAUCAGGACCAGAAACACAAAGGCAUCUUUCUGCAACUAGGAGAAAGAUCGCUAUUUUGAGGACUAAACUUGAUAUUUUGCAGUCCCUUUUGACGGCACUUCCUAGCAAGCAGCCAAUAACAGGGAAAGAGAUGAAUCGGCUUCAAGAUAUGCUGAAAAAUUUGAGCACUAAAGUUAACCAGAUGGCUACUACUCUCAAUAUGUCCAGUGCUGCCAACAGAGAGAACUUGCUUGGGCCUGAUAAGAAGACAGAUGAUAUUGUGGAUAGAGCAUCUGGCUUGGACAACCAUGGUCUUGUUGGCUUUCAACGGCAAAUCAUGAAAGAACAAGAUGAGGGCCUUGAAAAAUUGGAGGAGACAGUGACGAGUACUAAACACAUUGCACUGGCUGUCAACGAGGAACUGACCCUACACACUAAGCUUCUGGAUGACUUAGACGAGCAUGUGGAUGUAACAAAUUCCCGUCUACAGACUGUUCAAAGGAAACUGGCUCUUCUGAACAAACGCACUAAAGGCGGUUGCUCUUGCGUGAUCUUACCGGUCAUCGCCAUUGUCAUUCUAAUUGUGGUAAUCCGGGGGCUGUUUAAAUAUUUGUAACUUAGAGGAUAUCACCUUCUAAAUUAUGAUGUAUUUUUUUUCCCUGCCUGUGGCCCUUCAUGGAAGUGCCCGGCUACACUUUCACGGUAGGCAGACAAUGUUUGUUGGUCUUAUGGUUAUGUGUAUAAUUGUAGUGAACUCAUCGUAGGAAUGCAUCGAUGAUCAUGAUUAACAUGCAUUUCAAAUUAUGUGUGCACCCUUUAUGCAUCAAAUACAACCACUAUCUUGAUUUCGA